ACCAACUGCUGGAAAACUAACCUACUAAUACGUGACUUUAAACAAGGAAGUUUUAUAAAUCUCAUAAAUUCAACCAAAUUUGUUUGAAGAAAAAUAGAAGAGGUUUCAGUAACUUGCCACAAUUCAAUAUACGGGAUGCACAACUCGUUGGGAAUAAUGGAUUUAAUCUUUAAAUGCUUAGUUUUUAUUUUAUUUGCUUUUAACAGAUAUAUUGAAGGCCAACGACUAUUCGCCUCAAAGCAGAAAACACUUUGGGGAAAAAACAACUGUUCUCUUGCCGUUCCAAAUAUUAUCUUCAAUGACGGAAUUUCCAUUAAAACUGAUGAACAGUCUCUACUUCCGGUUUCGGAUAAUAGUUUAUGGAUUGGAAUGUUCAAAGCGUCACUAAGCUAUGCAUAUGUAGGUUGUAAUAACAUGGAUGGCAACAAAACAUUUCCUGUCCAGAGCAUUAGCGAGUGUAGAUGGAGGACUGGUUGUAAUACAUUUGCAGUUCGGAAAAUCGGCAAAAACAACAUGGAGUGCACGUGUUUCGUGUCUUCAAAUAUUACAAGUUUAUCAGAGUGCAAAUCAGAUUGUGAAGAGCUAGGAAAUAAAUACAAGUGCGGAAGUGACAAGUCACCUUACUUUUCGGUCUAUACUGUGGAAAACGAUUUGCCAAAUUCAGAUGCUGAUGAUGAUUCUAAUAAAGGAUGCCUUGGUGUAGUUUUCGACUCAGGUUUAGAACGUUCUAUAUGGUGGUUAUGUGAGCGAGAGAAAAAUAAAAAAACGGAAGUACUCUGCGCUAAAGAGCCGUCUGAAGAGACUGAUUGGACAAAUAUACAAACUGGUUCUACAGAAAAAUGGCACAAUGCAGUUGAAGAUUGCUUCAAUAAAAAUGGUUUUCCUGGAACACAUAUACAUUUAAAGUUUGCAAAUAUAACAAGUUCUCAGUCAUAUUGGACAGGAAUCAUGAGAACGGACACUAUUCUCAGGAAUGACGAACACAUGAAGACCUAUUUUCCAAAACAGUACGCCUAUGUCAUCUUGAAUGGGAAGAACAAGUUUGAAGUCAAGUUUGACUUAAACAGCUCAGCCGAAAGGAGGAGUCUCUGUACAAACGAAAUUAGCUUAACUACACCAUCAACAACGAAUACCGAUUUAACAGCAAAAACAACUAACCCAUCUACAACAAUUGUGCAAGUGACAGAUGUGCAAACGUCAGACAUAAUAACUUUAAAGACAACCAUGACAACCAAUUCACAUUCGCCAACAUCUUCAACAAUGGUACAAUCGUCAAUAGCAAAUGAGAAAAAUGGCAAAGAAAAUAAAUCGUUAGGACAACAGCAUGUUUCCGUCGUAGGGAUAUCUAUUGGUGUCUCGGCUUGUGUUCUUCUUGUUGUGGUGAUCGUCGUACUUUGUUUCCUAAAACGAAGGGGAAUGUUACGUUGCUUCGACGCCAAAAGUUAUUUGGAUAACAAAGACGGUACUUCACACCAAGACAUUACUCCUGCUUACAUGAAAAUGGACACGAAAGUGAAACCCAAAGCAUUUCCAAAUCACGCCUAUUUAAUGCAAGAACAAUUUCCGCCAAUAACAGCUAAUGAACCUAAUCUAGAAAGCAGGAGUGACUUGCAAGAUCAUUUAAAUGAAAGAAGUGAAAAUGUUUACAACACUGUCGAUCAGCAAAUCGAAGACUACGAUGACAUAAAUCCAGCUGACGUUCUGCAAAUGAAUGACUAUGAUUCAACCUUAAACAAUCGAAAUGAUUGUGGCAGUAGCGAAGAAACAUAUAAUUAUUUAAAUGAGGAAAUGUGUCAAAUGCCGACAGCAGAUAAUGGUUAUGGACAUUGUGGGAAGCAAAUAAACGUUGGUGAAACUAAUAUGGCGGUCGAACAACCUGAUGCCGAAAAUCCAAUUAUGACAAAUGAAUCUGUGAUACUUGAAAACAUGCCUUAUACUCCCCUACAAGCAAUUAAACAAGGCGACAAUGUUUACAAUACUGUUCAUCGGCAAGCCGAAGAGUAUGACCAUAUCAACCCUGCAGAUGUUAAACAACAAGUGGAUAACUAUGACUCAACCUCAGAAUUACCGAAAAAUGUGGGAAACAAAGAGGAGACGUACAAUAAAUUAAAUGAGCAAAUCCGUCGCAUGCCGAAUGCAGAAAACGUGUAUGGACGGAAUGCGGAGCAAAAACACGAAACUGAUUACAAUACAACAGCUGGAACUUUAUCGUCGCACGCAGAUAAGUCAGUCUUUGGUCAAGAUUAUGAUAAGAUCAACAAAAUAUGGUAAAAUAAAGAAUGGUGCGGUAACAUAACGAAUAAUUCAUAUUGUUUAUAAUGUCAUACGACAACAAUUAGAUAAACGAAAACUAAUUUACAAAAAACAACAACAUGUAUUUACAUAUAUAGGCAGUGUCGUGGCAAUGCAGUGGAAAUAACAUGGGCACACCGAAUCUGAUAUGCAGUAAUCUCCCUUUACAUGUAGAGAAAAUUUCUUCCACUGCUAACUUUCAACUAUUGACAAAUUAAAAACGUGUUUAAUUUUAUAUCGUUUCAAUAUUGAUUUGUUUUUAUCUUUAAAAUUAAAAAAAUCUUCCAUAUUAGAACUUAAAACAAAAUGAAUUUAAAGAAUAUAUCACAUUGAUGAACACAUACCUUUGAUCAUCACGUGUUAUCAAAUACAAAAGUGAUUACUGUACAACAUAGGAAAAUAAAGGGUACGUUGCGAAAACGUUAUAGUUUUAAGCGGAACAUAAAUCAAUGACGCAGGUCUAACAGACAAUUCACAUGGUUCAAACAAGACAUUUUUACAGUUACAAUAAGUAUUUAGUUAUGUUUUCAUGUCAAAUCAAGUUAAGUACAUUUCAUUAAAUCACUCAGGCCAUGUUAUGCGGCAACAUGAGCUUUUAUUUUCUAUAAAACAGCACAGAUAAAGUACGAUUCAAUUUAUAUGUUUUAGUGCAGUUAACUGGGAGAAGAGCACCACAUAUUUAUUCUUAAUUAAGUGUAAGUAAUCAUAACGGGUUUCGUUUUGAAUAUACAAUGGGAUUUACGAUUUGCAACUAUGUUUCUCAAAUUGGUAGAAAAACAAGGUAUAUCUGCUUGUUAUCUCGUUUUAAGGUAUUCAUUAUAUAGUUUUGCCUACUGGGCCUGUCCAAAUUCUUAAUAGUGUAUAAUGGUGAAACUUGUUUAAUGUUUAAGAAACUUAACACUUUAUUGAAUUAACCAGAUGUUUGACGAAAAAAGGUUUUGUAGAAAUUCAACAUUGUUUGUUUGCAUUUACUCUUAAAACUUAUUACUAAUCGGGUGUUUAUAGUGAAUUUGCUUACGAUAAUAUAUAGGUUACUCACCUGGACAUUUGUUUGACCUCCAUCUGAAACUAACCCACAGUACUGAUAUACAUAUUACUAACAUAUCUGUUCUAUUAAUAAUAAUAUAAUUAAAUUAGAUUUAGUCAAAAAAGUAGACUGUAUUAACCUGCCGACGUUUCGUUCAUGAUAGCCUUCAUCAGGGCAUAAGAACCGACAGUAAUUUACGUCAACGUCCAUAUUCCAAAUGACGCCAACAAUGUUAGUAUAACAUAAACUAUAAUUAAAUAUCCAAUACAUUAAUUUCCGUUGCUAGAUAUAUGAUAUGUUUCAAAUUACCUCACAUAAACGUGUUGAAUGUAUUUGAAGUGUUCAGCAGAACUGUUUGAUCAUGUUUAUAUUAAGAUAAACCAUACUUAUUCAACCUGUCCUAUUAAACAUAUUUAUAGUCACUUCAAUAAUUUAAAUAUAUAUAGAGAGGUUAAAACUUCAUUAAAAUACGAAAAAAAUACCUCGAUAUUGUAUAAAAAAAACUCUACGCUUAUAUUUCUCCAGAAUAAGACUGUAUUUCCACUGAGAAUUCAGACUAGUUUAUAUGCCGAAAACCGAACGAUAUUGUUUGACCCUGUUAUUCUAAUGAUAUUGAAGAUAAAUUUCAUUUUAUUUGUAUUUGCCAUGCUAUUCUGAUCUUAGAUAAAGAUAACUUAAACGUGGUAACGAAAUGCUCCUUUCUGUGUACAAGUUUCUACAAUUUUUGAAAUCAAAUGACUAAUGACGGAAUAAAUUAAUCAAACAAUAAUUUUAAAUUAAAGAAGCUCUUGUGAUUAGAAAUUAUUUAUUGAAUGUUGAAAGAUAAAUGUAUAGUUCAAAUUCCAAUUUUGCAAGUAUGGCAAGUAGUGUGUUUUAUAAUAAUGAAAAACUUCCGUAUGUCUUAUUAAAACAGCACAUAUAUAUUAACCAUUUACUGUACCAUUACAUGUUGUAUAUACACGUUGAUAUAAUACAUGAAAAAAUGUAUGUAUAUGUUGAUGAUGUCCAUUGUAUAAGUCUAAAUAAAAUGACUAUUCUCUUC